UCCUGCAAACAUUUACAACAGGAACAAGGAACUGCAGCCGGGCCGCUGAGUGCGGGUUGUAUGGAAGCCUGGUAUUUGGAGGAGUCGGCGGCUGGGCAGCGGCGGCCCAAAGUUACAGUGAGCCUGGGGGAGCUGCAGCGGCACGGCGUCCUUUACUGGAAGUUGGAUGCCGAUAAAUAUGAGAAUGAUCCAGAGCUGCAGAAGAUUCGCAAGGAGAGAAAUUACUCCUGGAUGGACAUAAUAACCAUACAGAAAGAUACGUUGCCAGAUUAUGAGGAAAAGCUUAGAUCCUUUUUCCGGGAACACAUUCACAUGGAUGAAGAGAUUCGCUACGUUCUUGAUGGCAGUGGGUACUUUGAUGUGCGAGAUAAAGAUGACAAAUGGAUCCGAAUUGCCAUGGUAAAGGGAGACAUGAUAACGCUUCCUGCAGGGAUCUAUCAUCGAUUCUCGUUGGAUGAAAAUAAUUAUAUGAAAGUCAUGAGGCUGUUUGUCAAAGAACCUGUUUGGACACCCUACUAUCGCCCAGCUGAUGAAAUGGAAGCUCGCAAGAAUUAUGUUCGAUUUCUUAACCAAGCAGCUUAAAUUUUACAAAGUUUCAGUUAAUUCUGUAUUUUCAAGUUCUGUCAUUCAAACUUGUUUCAACUUGAAGAGUGAAGAGCAGGAACAAAUAAGAUUUCAUUACUAAGAUUAGAAUGCCUUUACAAAAACUUUGAUAUAUUCAAUAAUUAACUUGGCAGAUCAUUCAUUAACUGUGGAAGAAAAAUCAUUUACCUUGCAAUUCAUUUCUGUUUAACUAUUUUGGUUGCGGUAUAACAAGAAUUUAUAGUGUCAAAUUUUAAUCAUGUCUGUUCCUCAUGUAUGGGUUUUUAUGUAUUAAUUUACCAUUUUCAUCAAAUAUUUAUCCCCUUUCUAAUCCUAAAAUUUGUGUUGUGAGAUUAAGGAAUGGUUUAAAAAGGUGUAUUUAAUCAAAAAUAUUUUUUUCAAACUUUCAGAUGAGUCCUUUAUAAAUUUUGUGUCAAGGUUUGUUAAGCUUUACUGAAUUUUAAUGUUUAGCUGAUUUAGUUCAUUAUUUACAAUCCUCUAAUAGCAGUUUCAAAAGUCAGGAGAUCUAGUUCAUGUCUGCGAUAAUGCCUGUGAACAAAACACAGUAAGUUACUAAAACUGAACUUUUACAUAUUAAUACUCAUAAAUAG